AGUUUGAUGCGUUUGAUGAAAUCGAUGAAAUCCAUGCUGCCUACAAGCAUGGCAUCAGCUGUGUGGAGGGCCGGCCAUAUACACACACAAAUGACCCACAGCGAUUAGUUGCUUCUCAUUUCCUUCGACCAACCAUGACUGAAUACGCCCGUGAACCUUGUCCUUGGCGGAUCAUCGAUGAUUGCGGGGGAGCCUUCACCAUGGGCUUGAUCGGCGGUUCGAUCUUCAACAUGAUCAGCGGAGCUCGACACGCCCCCACCGGCUUCUCCCGCCGUGCCAUGGGUGGUCUGAUUCGCAUGAAGGAGCGGGCCCCCGUUCUGGGCGGGCAGUUCGCGGCUUGGGGUAUUUGUUUCGCCUCUUUCGAUUGCACUUUCGCUCAUCUUCGACAAAAAGAGGAUCCCUGGAAUUCCAUCAUGAGCGGCGCUUCCGCCGGAGCGGUCAUGGCGGCUCGACGCGGACCUAAGCACAUGAUGGGGAGUGCCUUGGUCGGUGCCGUUCUAUUAGGCCUCAUUGAAGGCUUAGGCAUCAUGAUGAACCGAUAUGCGGCGCAGUCUUUCCGACCCCAAGAUCCCCGGGAAGCACCCGCCGAUCCCAGUGCUUUGGGACCCACUCCUCUGUAAAUUGGAGAAUGGUGGGGGUCACCUUAUCCGCAUUGUUCCCGCAUCGCCCGUCUAAAAACCCGCAUUAUUCAUUCUGAUAUUGGUAGUUGUUCUGCUUACCAUGAAAUAAAACAUCUCAUUUAAGUA